AUGGAUUCGGAGACGGCACCAUCCAGCAGUGCGUCGGUGGUGAGCUACUGUCUCAUUGCGACCGACGCUGGCAACAGCGCACAUAGGACCCGGACCGGCAGCAUUACAAUGAUGGACGGUAUGAGCAUGUGGUCACCGAUGGAUACGAGCUGCAUCGGGGACGGUUCGGAUCACCGUACCGACGACGGCGAUGAUUACUACAACGAGAACAAAGUCACCGUGAACUUCUGUGCGAAUGCCAUAACGGCCGAUGCCGUCGAACAGCUGGUGGUGAAGGAAUCCGACUGUAAGAUGCAGCUGAUGGCGAAGCCAACGGAGGUGGCGGUGGUGGUCGACACACCGAACAACCGUGUCCGGAUGGCGCUGGGUGUCCUGAUCCGUCUGAUGCUUCCGCUUACGCAUGGUGUCGCACGUGGCUGGAAGGGGCUUCGUGGUCUAAGUGUGCUGGCGUUGCUCCGGAAGGUUCGCGAAAGCCACGGCCUUUUAACCACACUGUUCGCGGUGGCGGCUAACAGCGUCUCGAUGAGUCUGUCCUCGGUACAAGUGGCGCAUCGGAUCGAUCCACUGCUGCGGGUGAUCAAGCUGCGAAAGGAUUCCACCACAUCGCCUACGCUCGCCAUUAAAGCGGGUGGAAUCGCGGAAGCACCAGCCAUACCCAGCGCACAGCUAGCAACGGUACGUGUACCACGCCACCUACCGGACAGGUGUGUCGAUUUGGUGGUGCUCGCGGAACCACCGCCGGGCGUACCGAUCCGUGCGGAUAUAGUGCUCAUACACGGGCUGCACGGUUCGCUCGUCAACACCUGGAAGCAGGGCCUGUGGAAUAGUGAGGGCCGUCUGGUGAACUUCGAGCGCCCGCCGAAGCCACCGCUAAGGCCACCGAAAAGGCAACGCCACUCACGGGCAAACUUGUUCGCUCCACCGCACGUGUCGAAGCGGCCCAAGUACGAUUGCUCCAACGCGGAUGGGCUGGAGCACAGCUACAGCGAAGCAGACAGCCCGUUCGAUGAGUCGCGGUCAACUUCGUACGAGUUUGCCCACCGGCGCUAUACGUACGAAUGUGGUGAACCGGACGAGGUACACUUUGCGGACGAUGUAGAGUACAGCUUUCCCACCUUCCGGUUGCGCAUCGAAGAGGAGCAUGGUCAAAAGACAUCCACCAUCGACGAGGGAACGCCAACGUCUGCUGGUGGGAAGCGGAAGCUGCCGAAACCCACGAAGGACGCAAAUUGGUCGCCGUGUUGGCCGGGCGAUUGGCUCCCAUUGGAUUGUCCAGGGGUGCGUGUGAUCGCCGUCAACUAUACCACCGAUCCGUACCUUUGGCGACCGGUGUGGAUCACUAAAAGGAAUCGUUCAAGCCUGGUUGAUCGUGCGCGGGAAAUGAGUGAUCUACUGAUAGCCAAAGGUGUGGGCCGUGGUCAUCCGAUCGUUUGGGUUGGUCACUCGAAAGGUGGCAUCUUCAUCAAGCAGAUCCUGGUGGAUGCGUGGGAAAGUGGUCGUCCAGCGGCAGAGCCACUGUGGCGAUCCUCACGAGGUACUCUGUUCUAUUCCGUACCGCACCGGGGAUCUCCACUGGCGGACUUCAAUUUGCCACUGUUGCGCCAAUCGGUGGAAUUGCUGGAAAUACAGAAAAAUUGUUCCAGUAUUCUGGAGCUGCACAGUCGCUUCGUUGCCCUGUACCACAGUGGCCAGCUGAAGAUAGACGUGUUCAGCUUCGUCGAAACGGCCUUGACGCUCAUGUCCGUACUGUACCUGCGCAUAGUCGGGAUUGAUUCUGCUGAUCCCGGCAUCGGUGAAGUCUGUGGAGUGCAUCUGGACCAUCGGGAAAUAUGCAAACCCCGCAGCCGCAACUGCAUCCUCUACACCGAGUUGGUCAAGAUGAUUAACCGUGUGAGUUGA